AUGCCUGCGAAGAAGCGCAAAGGGUCCGAGGCAUUCUCCCCCGAAGAAUCACGACAACACAGCGCGUCGUCUCAACUCACAUCGCGUUCACUGCCGGACCUAAGACAACCACAUCCCAACGCACGGCAGACCGAAGAUUUUGGUAUAGUCUUACGCGACUUUUAUCCCCCGGAAAUAAGCAACGCGCGCUGCCAUGCCUAUAAUGAAGGAGUACUAGAGCGCCCCAUUGAAGCACUGCAGCGGGCAUACAAGGAGACAACGGAGCAAUGCCAGGAUAUCCAGCCAGGCAAAGCCGUUGUGCAUUGGUUCAAACAAGACCUCCGCCUUCAAGAUAAUCGCUCGCUACACAGAGCCUACAAUUUUGCUCGCGACCACAAUAUACCCCUUAUCUGUUUAUACAUUUUCUCGCCAGAAGAUUUGACUGCUCAUUUAUGCAGUCCGCCUCGAGUUGACCUUAUCUUGCGGACACUGGCCACUCUGAAAUCGGGAUUAUCGAAGAAGGAUAUUCCAUUAUACAUGGAAUCAAUCAAAAGAAGAAAGCGGAUUCCCAGCCGUAUAGUCGAGCUGUGUAAGACCUGGGGCGCAAGCCAUCUUUUUGCUAAUAUAGAGUACGAGGUGGAUGAGCUCAGGCGUGAAGCAAAGCUCACUCGUCUCUGCGCCACGCAAGGCAUUAUAUUUGACUCCGAGGAUGAUGCCUGCGUUGUGGCUCCUGGAGAAUUGUCUACACAGCAAGGCAAACAAUACGCUGUAUAUACCCCUUGGUAUCGGUCUUGGGUGGCUUAUCUCAAGCAGCAUCCAGAAAACUUAGAGCUUGUUGAUGCACCAGCUGUCAAUGCAGGUGAUGCACGGAAGCAUUUUAAAGACCUAUUUGACAGUGCUGUUCCGAUAGCUCCAAAUCAAAUGAAGUUAUCCGAAGCAGAGCAAGAACGAUUUAAGAAAAUGUAUCCCGAAGGCGAGCAAGAAGCAACACGAAGGCUUCGAGAAUUCUUAUCGGAAAAGGGAAAACAGUAUCACUCCAAACGGGACUUUAUGUCUAGCCAGUUUACCUCUGUUCUGAGCCCCUAUUUUAGUUGUGGGGCUUUGAGUGCUCGAACUGCACCUUUCAUCGAAGCUAUGAAACUAUGUGGCCUCGUAAUAACAGAUGAUUCCUCUAGUAUGAAUAAAUGCUUCAAGCCGGAAUUCACAGAUUUAGAAUGGGAAUACGACUCAACCCAGUUCGAUGCAUGGUGUGAGGGAAAAACAGGAUUCCCCAUCGUUGAUGCCGCGAUGCGACAACUCAAGCACUGUGCCUGGAUGCACAACCGCACGCGAAUGAUAGUGUCCUCGUUCCUCUCCAAGGACUUACUUAUUGACUGGAGACGCGGAGAGCAGUUCUUCAUGCUCCAUCUGAUUGAUGGGGAUUUUGCAUCAAAUCACGGUGGCUGGGGGUUUGGAUCAAGUACGGGAGUAGAUCCUCAGCCGUAUUUCCGCAUAUUCAACCCUUUACGUCAAAGUGAGAGGUUCGAUCCAGACGGUGACUAUAUCCGGCAUUGGGUACCUGAGCUGCGAGACGUCGAGGGUUCCGCUAUUCAUGAUCCUUACGGAAGAGGUGCUGAGGAAAUUGCAGAGAAGAACGGAUACCCGAGACCGAUUGUGAACCAUACGGAGAGCAGGGAAAGGGCGCUGGAGAAAUACAAGAAAGCCGCUCAUGGUUCUUAG